AUGACUCGGCCACGUAAUUGGGGCAAAUGUACCGGUGGCAGACUGUGCAAAAGCGGGUCCACAUCGUGUAGAACCGGCUCGGAGAAGCAGAACAAGUGGAUCGGGCACUUUCAGGCCCAGGCCGAGACUGCGCCUUCUGGACAGUCUCCCUUUAUUUUGCACAAGCCAUAUGGGCGCACAAGGAGGGCCUGUAUCGAUCGGGGCCGUCUUUAG